AUGGAAAUCCACUCAGUGCUACCGGAAGAGCGGGCGCGAGACCCAAAAGGUGACACUUUGCCCUGGGGUUAUCGCUACGCAGACUCCUCGCGCAAUGCCCGCCAACAAGUCGAAGAAUCCGGCCCCUUCGGACGAAACAGGAGUAUACGAUCCACCGCGUCACGGACGCCGCGCGCCAGAACAGGCACCACGCCCGUCCGGCAGAAGGAGAAUAGCGCAGUUGCCGAGUUCGGGAGGCUCCUGGCGAAAGAACAGGCGGAAGAAGAGCGGAGAAAACCUGUGUCCAAGCCCGUUUCGGCGGACGAGGUAGCCGCGGCGGAACGACCGAUACAGCCAGAAGCCGUGCCUACGGAAUGUCUCCUGUACGGCUACGCAGGCAAACAAUCCGAGUGGAAGGUGCUCUCCAAGUUCGAGAAGAUCGUCUCCCCAGGAAUCAUCUGUGAAGACUACCCGCGCGAAGACCCCAAUUUGUUCCUCUCCUCAAACUCGCCCCUCGGCUUCUCGAGAGCGUCAGUGGUGGUUCAUCAGAAUCUCAGUCGCGAGGCGAUCAGGAAGAGCAGGAUAUACCAUGGCGGCAACCAUUGGAUCAAGGUCACGUUUGACUCGUACCAGGCCGCGGAGAGGGCAUGCUUCUACAGUCCCAUCGAGGUCGACGGAUACAUGGUCCACUGCGAGAUGUGGCAGGGACGAGGACCCGCCGGGGAUGCUCCGAUACUGGGUGGACCGGCCUGGGGUGCCGAGAAGGCAGAUCUGCUGCAGCCACAAUUAUCGCCGCGGAAAACGGAGUCUGGACGCAGACCGAGGACGUUGAGUUCGUCGCAGGGAGCGCGGGCCAUGUCGGGCAAAGAAUCGGCCAUCGCGGGCUUCGAGCGAGCUCUACAGACCCUGCCGCGAUCUCACACCAUGCCAGAUGUGCAGUACGGCCAGCCUGACGACGACCUCUCCUGGAACUCCACGACCGCCUCCUCAGCGACUGCCACGGGCGUAGACCAGACUCCUCAACCUCUGCUUCAACCUCAACUAGUCCCACAGCAGUUGACGCCCACCACGCCCCAAGGUCUGCGCUCCCGCUCUGUCCCCCAGCUCCCGAGCCAGGACCGCUCCCUCAUCCAGCACAACGACUCAGAAUACAUGACGCACAUCACGUCGGUCAAAAAGGCCAAAUUGCGGCCCAUCUCCGAGGCACUUCCCCCACAGCCGACCUUCUUAGAGCGCGUCUUGAGGAGCUUACCUAUCGUGUCGUACUUUGUCUCCAGUAGCGCGACCACGACCAUCGCCGGCACGGUGCCAGGAGUCGCGGGGAAAGAGGCGCAAAAGAAAGGCGACGUCAUUGGAGAAGGGCCUUUGUUGAAGGACGACGGCACUUGGGAUCUGGGGAACGGCUGGUAUUGGAGCUUUUGGCACGGUGUCGACGGCUGGUUUGGGACGGAUUUCUGCGGGUUGAAGGAUGACUGA